CUCCCCUAUGGAGCCUCUGUGGAGGAGAGAAUUGUUGCAUGUUGUGUAUUUUGAUCCUUUCAGAUACUGCUCAAUUUAAUUUAGGUAGCAAAGGCAGAGGUGAUAAUGAUAAGAUGAUGUCACAGGGGUGGGGACUAAAAACUGCAUUCUUUUUUAUUAAAGAAAAUCCACAGACAUUUAAAUUUUUUGCACCUGCUUCAUGGCUGCUCUUGCUCUUGCAUACUCUCAUCACUUGUAGUAAAAAAAAUUCUGUGGACACUGGCUUCAUUGAGAUGAUUAAUGUUCUGUAACUAUGUCAUAAUCCCCUGACAGCACAUGCACUAUUUGUCAUGCUGCUUGCAUAAGAAAAGCAAAUAACUGCAGAACAAACUGACCCUAGGCCUAUGAAAUGCAGUAUCCCCAGAGGGGGUGGGAGGGAGUCAAAACCUUUCCAAUGAAGGGGUAUGGUAUGUUUUCCCUGAAGCUUGUCAUGAAUGGAAAUUAAAUUAAUUACCCCCACAGUUUUUGAAAGACAAAAAUAUGUGAUUUCUUCAAUAGUGAUAUUAAAAUAAAUGACAGAGAAUAAGAGGAAGAUUUUCAUGUGCGACAUUUGUUUUAGCAUACAAUUCUGAAUUCCCCUAAAAUUUCAUGCUAUUGUCCAGGCAUGGCUCCCCUCCCCCCACCCCUCCCCUGUGCAAUAGUAAACUAUAUUUUUCCAUUUCACAACGGCUGUCCCUUGUCAGGAUUCCUCCCAUUUUCUUAUUAUUAUACAAGCUAAUGUUUAAAAGUGUUGCCUGGCCAAACUGCUAAAUAACCGGAGUAGAAAAAAAGCACUGGGGAGUUGGUAACUAAUUUAAAACAAGCCUUUGCUAGACCUUUCUACUCCACUGGCCCCUCCCUAACUAAAAUCAGCAACACUUCGCAUCAGUUUGAGGUCUGGGUAUGAAUAAUCAUUCGACAGCGAGAUCUGGUGCUACAAGGAAGAGGUAAAGCUACGGUGGCUGUUUGAGAAGGAAAUCGCGCCCAUGUGGACUAAAGCUGGACGUUGAUGCUUAGAAAUAAAGCCGAGAUAUGCAAGGAGAGUGAAUUAAGUUACAAUGAGGCUUAAUCGGACGGCAGAAAGGUGUGCUGCCUUCACGAUUUUCACGGAAUCGCGAGCAUGUUUUCGCGGGUGAUUUUUGCACGAACUACGCGUGCGCUUUGGCGGCUUAACCAACUGUCGACCAAUCAGAGGGCAGAAUUCAGGACACAGCAGGGCUUCCUUUCGUGUAGUAAGAUGGCGGACGCCGGUGGCGAAGAAAAGAUCAGCAAGAACGAGCUAAAGAGGAGGCUCAAAGCGGAGCAGAAAGCCAAAGAAAAGGAAGCCAAACAGUCACAGAAGGCGCAGAGCACUCCAGCUUCCGAGAACAAAAAGAAGGAUGAAUUGGACGAAGAAUCUUUGGAUCCGAAUCAAUACUAUAAAAUUCGAAGCCAAGCUGUUCAGGCGCUCAAGGCUGGCACUGAAUCGCCUUACCCUCAUAAAUUUCAUGUGUCAACUUCGUUAGUGGAAUUCAUUGAAAAAUACAAAGACGUUGCAGAUGGGACUUGGGCAGAGGACGUAGUUACUGUUAGUGGAAGGGUCCAUGCAAAACGUUUAUCUGGCGCUAAGCUGAUAUUCUAUGAUUUACGAGGAGAAGGAGUUAAGAUUCAAGUUAUGGCAGAUGCUAGAGCCUCAGAACAGGAUUUUACAGAAGUGCACAAUAAAAUACGACGAGGUGACAUCAUCGGAGUUAAGGGAAAACCAGGAAAAACAAAGAAAGGUGAACUAAGCAUUUUGCCCUCAAGUGUAACAUUGUUAUCACCCUGUCUACAUAUGCUUCCGCAUCUUCACUUUGGACUGAAAGACAAGGUAUUUAUGUUUGAUUCCAGCUUAUUAAUUAGGGUGCUGUGUUUGCAAGUAAAUGCAUGAAAUAUGAUAAAUUGAACUGCAGGAGAAAGAUUCAAAGACAUGAGAGAUAAUCACAGUUUUGCAUGCAACUAAAGCAGUUGCAACAAUAAGGCCUAAAAAAAUUCAGGUUGGAUUGGAUUUAAACUCAUGUCCUCUGUGAUUCUAGUGCAGUGCUCUUCAGACAUCUGUCAAGCCAGGUGAGAGCUGCCAGUCACAUUAUUUUCUUGGAACCGCACAUUUUGUAAUCUGUUACAAUUAGGUGUCGUGAUACAUAUGAAUAAAGGCUGGAUACGGACACCAUGUUAUUUCACACAUCAUUUUAGUUCAGUGCAUGCAUACUGUGCUGGCAGUUUAAUUGUAAUAACAUUUUCUCUAAAUUUAAUUAUUGACUGGUAAUAAGAGCAGUUUUCAAUAAGCCAAAUUGGAGUUUCAAGAAUUACAUGUAGU